CGCGCUUAGUUUCCUGGGCGCUCGCUGGUCCUGGGUCUUUGGGCUGCGUCCCCAAGGAGUGUCCUGCAGCGGCAGAGGUCCCGAGAGCUUGGUUGUCUGUCAUAUUUCCUUCAGUAAGAAGUGGCUCUUGAAGUCUUGCAGAGCAAGCGUGGCUGCAAAGCACAAUGGCUGCAAAGGUGGCUCCCAAACCCCCAAAGCCAAAGCAAUCAUUUGUACUGCGAGUUCCUCCAAAUUCCAAGCUGGGCCAGGACCUACUUCGUGAUGCCACAAGUGGGCCCAAGACCAUACACCAACUGGUGCUGGAGCACUUCCUCACCUUCUUGCCCAGGCAGGCUCUAGUGCAGCCCAGUCAGAAAGCCAAGGAGACCUUGGUUGUUGUGAAGGAUGUGAGCACAAGUCUUCCCAGUAGAGUUAAUGAUAAUCAUGAGGAUGAUGGUGAGCAGAAGGAACGUUUAGAGAAUGUAGAUCAUAGAGAAGCAUCUUCAGAAUGUGAUGAAAUAGAUUGCUUCGUGGUCUCUGAACGACCUCCCGAUUGCCACAAAGGAGAAAGACUGAAUACAUCCAUUCCACAUGAAAGGAAAUUGAGAGAUCUUUCAGUUACCAUUGAAAAUGAUACUCCACUGGAGGAACUCUCCAAAUUCGUGGACCUCAGUGUUAUUGCGCUUACCCGAAACCGGAGGACGAGGAGAUUGUACACUUGUCCACUGUGUGGGAAACAGUUUAAUGAAAGUUCUUACCUUAUUUCUCAUCAGAGGACUCACACUGGGGAAAAACCCUAUGACUGUAGUCACUGUGGGAAAAGCUUCAACCAUAAAACAAACCUUAAUAAACACGAACGAAUCCACACUGGGGAGAAACCUUACUCAUGUUCUCAGUGUGGGAAAAACUUUCGUCAAAAUUCUCACCGGAGCCGCCAUGAAGGAAUCCACGUAAGAGAGAAGAUAUUUAAGUGUCCAGAAUGUGGGAAACCCUUCUCAGGGAAUGAAGAAUUUGUGCUUCAUCUACAGAGUCAUGAGGCUGAGAGGCCAUAUAGUUGCAAAAAAUGUGGGAGAAGAUUUGGUCGGCUGUCAAACUGUACCCGGCAUGAGAAAACCCAUUCGGUAUGUAAAAACCGAAAGCAGAAGUGGGAUUGAGCUAAGGGUCCUGCUUCAACCUAAAAUUUCUGAAAUCCUACAGGGUCUGAAAAGACAGAGAUACGUUAAACCUCAUGAUAGCCAAAAUUGGGUCAAUACCUAUCUUGGCUGAAACCUCAAAUUCUUAGAAAAUUCACAGGGAAGAUAUUUUGAAGGGCUAUACCUCAAAUUAGCAGCCAGGGUUUUUGGACUAAGGAACUUUCUUUUUUGAAAGUGUACAACAAGGUACAGAUCCAUUUUUUAAGGAAGUUUUUGACCUGUGUCUAGAGGCUGCUUCGCUACAAGAUGAACGGAAUGAAUCAUCUCUACUAAACAUGU